GAGAAUCCUGCCGCCGAUAGUAAUGGCUCGUGUUAAAGACGGUGAUGGUUUGGAAUACGAGUCAACGGAGAGGCGUCGGAGAGAAGAAACCGCCGGAGAAGAACCACCAACAAAUGCUUCGGAGUUUGAGACUCCAAAAGGAACCGCGGAGAUGGAAGUUGAUCCGAUAGAACCACCAACAGAUGCAUCGAAGAUUGAGAGUCAGAAAGGUACCGCCGACAUGGAAGAGGAUUCCGAGAGUGAAAAAGAAACUCCGAAAGAAACUACAAUCGAUAAGACCGAGUUGGCCCGAGAGGCUGAGCGAGAGAAUGAUCCAACAGAAGGAGUUGGUGGCUUGAAUGGUUCAGGAGAAGCGUCCAUAGACGCAGUAGAAGGAAGAGAUGGGCCAGAAAUAGAAGAACCUCCCAGAGAAACGGAAAAUGUAAUUGUAAUGGAAAAAGGGAUAGUCUCCUCACGAAGCGUCGCAUGCGUCAGCAGCAGCAGCCUCCCGGAGCUGGCCUCGACGAAUGUUGCCGUCAUUGAGAAAGAGUAAGUUCCCGAUCUGAAUUUCGAGACAAUUGUGCAUGAUUUUUUGAUUUGGAUCCCAGGAUUUGAUUAUUUAGUGAUGUAUCUUUGUUUGAUUAUUAAAAAAAGUGAGGCUUU